AUGGUUGCGGUGUCGUAUAUGACCGCCUUAACGACCUACUUCAGCUACGUAAUGUUAUUUGUAUUUGGUCAAGUACGUGAUUUCUUUCAUAAUCUUAUUGAUUGGUGGAAACAUACCAAUCUUCAGGGGUAUGCACCAAUAUGUUUAGGCCUUGAAGAUUUUUAUAUUCGGCGGUUAUAUCUUCGUGUUCAGGAUUGUUUCCAACGACCUAUAUCGAGUCGCCCUGAUGCUUGGGUUGAUGUGGUGGAUCGUGUUUCCACUGAUAAUAACAAGACACUCAAGCGGACUACAAAAGUACGUAGGUGCAUUAACUUAGGUUCAUACAACUACCUUGGAUUUGCCUCAACAGAUGAAUACUGCAUGUCUUCUGUAAUUCAGUCUUUAAAGAGAUAUCGGGCCAGCACAUGUAGUACUCGUGUUGAUGGGGGCACGACAACACUGCAUUCCGAAUUGGAGGAGAUCGUAGCUGAAUUCGUAGGGAAGCCCGCGGCUUUAGUUUUUGGCAUGGGUUAUGUUACCAACUCUGCUAUCCUUCCCGUCUUGAUUGGAAAAGGUGGGCUAAUAGUUAGUGAUUCCUUGAACCAUAACUCUAUUGUAAAUGGUGCUCGGGGAUCUGGUGCUAAGGUUAUAGUAUUUCAACAUAACUCACCGUCUCAUUUGGAGAAAAUAUUGAAAGAAAAUAUUGUUGAUGGACAACCAAGAACACAUAGAGCUUGGAAGAAAAUCAUUGUUGUUGUUGAGGGGAUUUAUAGCAUGGAGGGAGAAUUUUGCAAGCUUCCUGAGAUUAUAUCUAUUUGUAAAAAGUACAAGGCAUACGUGUAUAUUGACGAGGCUCACAGCAUUGGAGCAGUCGGGAAAACAGGGAGAGGCAUUUGUGACCUAUUAGGCGUGGAUACCGCUGACGUGGAUAUAAUGAUGGGAACAUUUACAAAAUCAUUUGGAUCAUGUGGUGGUUAUAUAACAGGAUCAAAGGAGCUUAUCCAGUAUUUGAAGUAUACUUGUCCUGCUCAUUUAUACGGCACAUCUAUAACACCUCCUGCCGCUCAACAAAUUAUAUCAUCCAUGAAGGUUCUUCUUGGAAGGGACGACUCUAGUCGAGGUGCUCAGAAGCUUGCCAAAGUCCGUGAGAAUAGCAACUAUUUUAGAUCAGAAUUGCGGAAACUGGGAUUUGAGGUUUUAGGGGACAAUGACUCACCCGUAAUACCUAUAAUGCUUUAUAAUGUCGCAAAACUACCUGCCUUUUCAAGGGAGUGUCUCAAACGGAAUGUAGCGGUUGUCAUUGUAGGUUUCCCAGCGGCCCCUCUAUUGUUGGGUAGAGCACGCAUAUGCAUUUCUUCCGCUCAUACACGAGAAGACUUGGCAAAAGCUUUAGAGGUUAUAAGUAGAGUUGGUGACUUGCUGGGUAUGAAAUACUUGAAGGCUCAACUCAAAGAUAGAAAGGAAGCUGAAUUGCAGUGAAGUAGCUAGAAUUAUAAUAGUCGAAGAUGAUAAAAUAUAAACA